UUCCAUUCUCGCGAGAUUACCAGACAGGAAGGGAACAGCGAAGGUCAAGAAUUGAACAUGGCGGCACGCAGUUUGUUGAAAUCGGUGUGCGCUUCAUUUUCGGGCUUAAAUUUGGGUGUUACAGGUACCAGCGUGACCGUUCAACGAGGGAUAAAUAUACCCAAGAUAUCUGCUUUAGCCAUUCAGAGCCGAGGAAUCCGCCAAGUGGUGGAGAAGAAAGAGGGUAAUGCGACAACGAUUGAGGCACAAAUACUGGACAUUCUAGCGGGACCACAGCCUCCAAACCCAGCAGCCAAGUGUCCUAUCUACAGAUGGAACCUGCAGCACAAAUACAACUACACGGAUGUCUUGUUGCUCAGUCAGUUCAUCAGGUCAGAUGGCGGGAUGUUGCCCAGGAGAAUCACUGGUCUCUGUCUAGAGGAACAUCGCAAGAUUGCCAUCUGUGUGCAGAUGGCCCACAGAGCAGGGCUACUGCCUGACCACAAACCCAAACUUCCAGAAGGCCAUGUCACAAAGAGGCCCAAGCCACAGCUUAACAGAUACCUGACCCGCUGGUCCAUUGACUCGGUGAAACCCAUCUAUAAAACUGGACUGAAGUGGUGUAAGAAGCGCAUGAGUGUUGGCCACCCAGCACUUAAAAACAAUGUGCGUUACGGCGUCAAACCUCUUUACACAAAACACUGAAGGACAGAAAGACUGACAAAUCGGUGCAGUAACUGUGGGUGGGCCGUUUUUUAUGGAAGGGGUGCAGUUCAAACUGGAUUGACUUUUGUCAUACUCUCCCAGGAUAAAGGCCUAAAAGCUUCAUCCAUCUGUAUUUAAACUGCCUUUUGUUUAUGAAGCUGCGUCAUGCUUUUAAUGAAUCAUGCUCAGCCCCACCCAGAACUCUCCAUUCUGUCUCUGUUGGUUUUCAAAAAUCCCUUGAAGCAAACUCUGACAACUUAAUGUGAGCAUCAGCUGGGUUAGUGUUACAGUUUCAGAGUUGGUGGUAUGUUGAAUGUGUACAUUCAAGGCAGCUCAGAUGCAUAAAUAAAAUGCCCUGUGUGUGUUUACUGUGUAA